AUGGAUAUUUACUACCACUCAAUUAGGAGAGUGGAGAAAAAAGCUAAUAAUUCUAGAUACGUGGGGAGUAUUGACGUGCCCAGACCCAACAGUCGGAUGGAGAUCGUGGCAGCUAUGAGGAGAAUCAGGUAUGAAUUCAAAGCCAAGAACAUCAAGAAGAAGAAGGUCAGCAUCGUGGUGUCUGUUGAUGGAGUCAAGGUGUCGCUCAGGAAAAAGCAGAAGAGAAAAGAAUGGACGUGGGAUGAGAGCAAAAUGUUGAUCAUGCAUGAUCCAAUAUACAGGAUCUUCUACGUAUCUCAUGACUCCCAGGACUUGAAGGUCUUCAGCUACAUUGCAAGAGACGGCUCAAACAAUUCUUUCAGAUGUAACGUCUUCAAAUCUAAAAAGAAGACGCAGGCCAUGCGUAUCGUGCGGACAGUAGGGCAGGCGUUUGAGGUGUGCCAUAAGCUCAGUUUGCAGCACGCCGAGCAGGACGUUGAUGGACGGGCGGACGGAGAGAGCGACAAGUCCACAGAGGAGCCCGGAAGUCGUGGUCGUAAACUAACUGGAGCAGAAGGAGAAGAUGACGAUGGAGCAACACGUGGAGGAGAGGAUGCUUUGGUUGGUGCUUCACAGUGUGAGAAGGUGGUCAGUGAGGUUCUGCAGAGCUUGGCUGAGCUGAACGUUGUCAAACCCGGACAGACCAUCAUGGAUUUCGAUCGAAGGUCGGUCUUCACUGUGACAUCCCAAGGCAUCACUCCCAGCAGCCCUUGCUCCGCAGCUCUCACCCCGCUGGCAUCGCAGCACUACCUGCAGCUCCUUCAGCAGCAGCUGCAACAGCAGCAGCAGCACACGCAAGUGGCCGUGGCACAGGUGCAGCUGCUGAAGGACCAGAUGGCGGCAGAGACAGCUGCUCGAAUGGAGGCUCAGGCUCGGAUCCACCAGCUGCUGCUGCAGAACAGGGACCUGCUGCAGCACCUGGCCAUGCUUGUGCAGCAGCUGAAGGAGAUGGAGGCCCGCUCCGUUCAGACGGCACCAGCAGAACAAGAGACCCAAGCUAACGGCCUCAAUGGUCCAGAGUCGGGCAGCAGCUCUGCAUCAGCAAAAUCCCUCUCCUUGAAUCUGAAGAAGCACUACGAUCAGACCCUGGAGCAGCUCCCCGCCUCCACUCCUGCAUGGCCCCUCCGUACCUCAGCCUGUGCAGAGUCCUACCUCAAUUUGUUGAACCUGGAGAACAGAACAAAACCAGCAGCCCUCACUGACCUGGACCCUUUCAUCAGGACCAACGGCACCGUGGACAGCAAGGAGAACUCCCAUGUCCAGUUCCCGUCGAGAAACUCCACCAGCUUAGACGAGAGGUGUGAAGACCCGUUCCUGCUCCUCCUCUUCCUCCUCUAACCCUACCUCCCAUCCCUCAUCAGUUUGUAAUCUGAGCUCACACAAUCUGAACCCCAGCCAGCAGCCUUUAACCCCAUCAGCUCAUGUCUUCCAUAGCUCUAUCCCCAUGUUUGCCCCACUUCUCCUUCACCAGCCUGCCUCUCCCCAGGAACUCGGGGAGCUCGCUUCCACUGCCCCCUUCUUCUUCUCCUCUUCUACCUUCUCUCCUCUUCUC